ACGCCGGGUACACGCGGAGCCGGAGCUUGCGGGACUGGACUACUGCUGACUCUUCUUCUUCUUGGCGGCGGUGAAAUUUUUACAUAGAUAUAGCUAUACAUUUAAACCGGAGAGAAAGUUUUGUGGGUUUCUUUUUUGCAAGAGUCCUUCUAGAUCGUUCUUCCGUCUCGUCCUGAGGACAGACUUACUUUCUGUGGGCUUCUGGAUCGCGCCCCUCUGCCAUCCUUCCUUCAGCUCGUGGGACGCCCGGAAAGGAUUGGAACCGGAUCCGAAGCGCGCACUGAGCGGCGGGUCUCUGGGCGGGGAGCGAUCCCCGCGUCGCCCCCCGUGAAACCGACGCAGGUUGGACUUUCAGGAGGCACAGCGGCGGCCCGAAGGGGACCUGGGCGCUCGCAGAGGGUCCUCGCAUCGAAACCUGCGCAGCUCUCUGAGCCGGAGCUGAGCUUCCCCGCGCAGCGCACUUCGGGGACGUGUCCGGUGCACUCCGGACUUAUAGCUCCUUCCACUCGGCCAUAGCCUUGGCUUCCCGGCGACCUCAGCGUGGUCACAGGGGCCCCCCUGUGCCCAGGGAAAUGUUUCAAGCUUUCCCCGGAGACUACGACUCCGGCUCCCGGUGUAGCUCGUCGCCCUCCGCCGAGUCUCAGUACCUGUCUUCGGUGGACUCCUUCGGCAGCCCGCCCACCGCCGCCGCCUCCCAGGAGUGCGCCGGUCUCGGGGAAAUGCCCGGCUCCUUCGUGCCAACGGUCACCGCAAUUACAACCAGCCAGGACCUCCAGUGGCUCGUUCAACCCACCCUCAUCUCUUCCAUGGCCCAGUCCCAGGGACAGCCACUGGCCUCGCAACCUCCAGCUGUCGACCCUUAUGACAUGCCAGGAACCAGCUACUCAACCCCAGGCCUGAGUGCCUAUGGCACUGGUGGGGCCAGCGGAAGUGGUGGGCCUUCAACCAGUACAACCAGCAGUGGACCCGGGCCUUCCCGCCCAGCCAGAGCCAGGCCCAGAAGACCCCGAGAAGAGACACUUACUCCGGAAGAGGAGGAGAAGCGAAGGGUUCGCAGAGAGCGGAACAAGCUGGCUGCAGCCAAGUGCAGAAACCGUCGGAGGGAGCUGACGGACCGACUGCAGGCGGAAACGGAUCAGCUAGAAGAGGAAAAGGCAGAGCUGGAGUCGGAGAUAGCCGAGCUGCAGAAAGAGAAGGAACGCCUGGAGUUUGUCCUGGUGGCCCACAAACCGGGCUGCAAGAUCCCCUACGAAGAGGGGCCGGGGCCAGGCCCGCUGGCGGAGGUGAGAGAUUUGCCAGGGUCAACAUCCGCUAAGGAAGACGGCUUCGGCUGGCUGCUGCCGCCCCCUCCACCACCGCCCCUGCCCUUCCAGACCAGCCGAGACGCACCCCCCAACCUGACGGCUUCUCUCUUUACACGCAGUGAAGUUCAAGCCCUCGGCGACCCCUUCCCCGUUGUUAGCCCUUCUUCGUACACUUCCUCGUUUGUCCUCACCUGCCCGGAGGUCUCAGCGUUCGCCGGCGCCCAACGCACCAGCGGCAGCGAGCAGCCGUCCGACCCCCUGAGCUCGCCCUCCCUUCUUGCUCUGUGAACUCUUUAAGACAAACAGAACAAACAAACCCGCAAGGAACACGGAGGAGGAGGAGGAGGAGGGGAAGGUGCAGUCAGGGGCUGUGUGUGGACCCCUUGACUCUUCUGUCUGACCGACUGCCACCUCCGCCGCCCGACACGACGGAAGCACCUCCUUUGUGUUUUGUGCUCCGGUCUCUGCGCCCCGGCCAGGCCGGAGAGCUGGUGACUCUGGGAACAGGGGGUGGAGCGGGGUGGACACCCCUUCUGCAGAUAACUGUUUGUCCUUUCACUUCAACUUCUGGGGAUGCACGGCUGGG